AUGUCAAAGCAACAAAGAGCAAUUCUCAUCGCUUCCGGUUUGGCGGGGGCAGGCUAUGCGGCGUGGAAGUCCUGGGUACCGUGGAUCGUCGAUGACGUCAUAACAAUUCAAGCACUAAUAAAAGCAAUGAAACAGAUUGGUCAACACAUAAGCCAGAUGCGGACCGUCUUGGAUAUGUUUGAAGAUGAUGUGGUGCGCAUACCGAAAAAGACAUUUAUAAUUUUCGAUGAUAAACAAUAUACAUAUGAAUUUGUCGACGCCAUGGCCAAUAAAGUGGCAAACCUUGCUGCAUCAUGGAAACUUCCCCGAGAUACGCCAGUCGCCAUGAUGAUAGAAAACGAACCUGCAUUUGUAUGGACAUUUCUAGGGUUGUGGAAAGCAGGAUUAAUAGGAGCAUUAAUUAACUACCACUUAAAGGCUCAUUCACUCAUUCACUCCAUCAAAGUCAGCGAGGCACCAGUGCUCAUCAUUGGCUCAGGUGAUGACCAUUUACGUUCGAUUGAAGAGAUUUUGAACGAUAUACCUAACAUUAAGAUAUAUGUCCAGGGGAAACGACAAAUCGACCUUCCUUCGAACCUUCUUUCAAUGGAUGAGGUUCUUCUACGGACGCUUCCUGUUCCUCUCUGUAAAGUUCACCGAAAGGGAACCACCAUGCGCAGUCCCAUCCUCUAUAUAUAUACUUCCGGUACAACAGGGCUACCAAAACCUGCAAUAGUGAAUAAUGCAAAAGCGGUGAUUGCCUCUGCGUACUGGCAGGCCUUUGACUACAGUGAAAACGACAUAGUGUAUGCUGCAUCGCCACUUUACCACGGCGUCAGCCUCGCAUUAUGUCUUUUUAAUACAAUUGAAAGGGGAGCCACUAUAGUCCUACGCCGAAAGUUCUCCGCCCGUCAUUACUGGGAAGAUGUGCGCAAACAUAAAGUUACAGUUAUACAAUAUAUUGGAGAAUUAUGCAGAUAUUUACUUCGCGUACCGGAGAAUGAGCUUGAUGGUGUUCAUAAUGUGCGUAUGGCAGUUGGAAAUGGACUUCGAAUAGACAUUUGGGAGGAAUUUAAAACCAGAUUCAAGAUUCCAAGAAUCAUUGAAUUUUUCAGUGCGUCAGAGGGAACCGGGGGUCUUUUCAAUGUCACGGGUAAAGUUGGUGCAGUCGGAAGGAUGUCUCCUUUGAUGAAAGCAGUGAUAUUCAGGAAUAAAAACUCUCAAAUGAACUUCAUCAAAUUCGACAACAGAACCGAAGAACCGAUAAGAGAUAAAAAUGGAAGGUGCAUUAUGAUCAAACCAGGUGAAGUAGGUAUUGUCAUAUCUGGAAUCAACAAAGAAUUCUAUUCAGGAUUUUACAAAGGCUCGAAAGAAAUGAAUGAAAAGAAACUAAUCAGAAACGUGUUCGAGGAAGGGGAUUGCUGGUUUUCGUUUGGUGACUUGAUGUACCUAGAUGAAAACUACAACGUGUAUUUCAGAGACAGAACAGGGGACACAUUUAGAUGGAAAAGUGAGAACGUCUCGACAACAGAAGUGGCUGACAUAAUAAGCCGAAUACCCUUUAUUCGUGACGUCAACGUUUUUGGUGUGUCAAUUCCUGGAGAAGACGGACGAGCUGGUAUGGCAGCCAUUAUAUUGAAAGAGAAUCAGAUCACAGCCGACAAACUGCGAACGAUUUACUCAGUCUGCGAGAAGGAACUUCCGGGCUACGCUCGUCCUUUGUUCCUCCGCUUUAUGACAGAGUUCAUUGUCACACAAACAAUGAAGAACCGGAAAGUGGAGCUAGUAGAGGAAGGUUAUGAUCUGGAAAAGGUCAAGGACCCGCUUUACUUCAUUGACAAGAAAAACAAGACUUAUUCUCCUUUAACACUAGAAAAUUACCAAGGUGUACUGUCUUCAAAGUUAUGA